AUGCCUUCAGCUAAAGUGCCUGCGCUCACCACACUUGCAUCCGACACAGCGGACGAAGUGAUUCUCGAGGCGUUCGACCGUGACGGCGCUGUCAUCAUCUCCAAUCUGUUGAGCGAGAAGUGCGUACAGGACGUGCUCGCCGAACUGAAGAUCGAGUCCUCCGACCAUGUGUCGCCCAACCCCAUCACGGCACUGGCAGCGAAAUCUCCCACCACGGUCGACCAAGUCAUUCUCUCGCCACAGCUGAAGCGGCUACUGGACGCCCGGAUGUCCAAGACGACUCGCAUCUGGCACGGCGACGACAAAUUGUACAACACGUCGCGUCCAUAUCUGAGUGCGACGGUGGUGUUUGAGACAGCCCCCGGGGAAAAGGCUCAACCCCUGCACCGACACGACGACAUCUACUUUGUCGACCACCCGGUCGAGAUUGCCGCCGAGAUCUGGGCGCUGAUCGCUCUCGACGAUCAGGGUGCCGACGGUGAGGCGGGAGGGAGCAUGGUUGAUGCCAUUCUUGGAAGCCACAAAUGGGAUGAAGAAUGGGACCCUUCCGGCCACAGUCUGGCUUCGACUGUCAUGAAGCGUGGAGACUGUUUUCUCUUGCACGGCUCGACCGUCCAUCGUGGUGGCGAGAACGCGUCGACCAAAGUCCGUCGCUCGCUUGGAGUGUCGUGGACCCAAGGCCACCUGCGACAAGAGGAGAAUCAAUUCCUGGCCAUCGCCAAGGAAGACGCCAUGAAACUGGACGAAAGGACUCAGAAAGCAAUUGGCUACAACGUGAAUCCUCCCUACGGAGGAUGGUACGAGCUGCGAGACCCGAUCACGUAUCUCCAGUCAGAGGAGAAGGUUGACAAGACCAUGCGGGAGUUUCUCGAUGAUCAGUAG